AUGCGCAUCGACUCUGCUCUCGUGACGGGCUCCCUCGUCGGAGGCGCAGUUGCGCAAGCCGCGCAGAACUUCAUUGGCUUCAACUCCGGUGCCACCCUUGACGACUACAAAGCCAAGCAGGAGAGUGAUUUUUUGGCCGAGUUUAAGGCUGCCAAGCAACUGCCCGGGACAGACGGCAAGUUCACGACCGUCCGGCUCUUCACCACCCGCCAGGCCAACACCAAAGACGACCCCAUCGCCGCCUUCUCGGCCGCGGUCCAGACGAACACGUCCAUCUUGCUGGGCGUUUGGGCUUCGGGCACCAAGAACAUCAGCGAUGAGAUCAGCGCGAUGAAUAAGGCCAUUGAGGAGCAUGGCAAGAGUCUGACGGACCUCAUUGUCGGCUGCUCCAUCGGCAGCGAGGAUGUUUACCGCAACUCCGAUCUUGGAAAGAAGAACAAGGCUGGCGUUGGAAACACUCCCGACGCCCUCGUCGAGUUCAUCAAGCAGUGGCGGGAUGCUUUCAACAAUACCGCUCUCCGGAAUGUCCCCGUUGGCCAUGUCGACACCUGGGACGUCUGGCCCAACAAGGAGAUGAAGCCUCUCAUCGACGCUGUGGACUGGAUUGGUCUUGACGCCUACUCCUACUACAUGAGUGACCAGAACAACGACAUCACCAACAUUGUCGAGCUGUUCGACAACUCGCUCAACAGCACCCAAAGCGUUGCCGACGGCAAGCCCAUUUGGCUCACCGAGAUCGGCUGGCCCUCGAGCGGCCCCAAGUGGAACAACGGCAUUCCCAGCAUCAAGAACGCCAAGUACUUCUGGGACACGAUCGGCUGCGGGAAGCUGUUCAACAAGAUGCCUACGUUCUGGUACAUCCUGCGCGACUCCAACCCGGAAAACAAGAUGAAGUUUGCCAUCACCGAGAAAGACAACCUGCAGAAGCCCCUCUUUGACCUGAGCUGCCCGGCCCAGUCUGGGUCCGGAUUUGACUCGAGCACGACUGUUGCCAGCUCCAACCCCCCCAACGUCGAUUCCGUCCGGGGCGCCGCUGCCCAGCAAAAGACGUCUCUUGCCCUGUUUGCCGGCAUUGUGCUUGCCAGCACCCUCUUUGUACUUUAG